CGGUUGUUUCGCGAGAGACGAUGCGCGGCGUUGCUUCUCGGUCCCUCUCUUACCGUUGAUGCCGCCGUAUUUUAUCUGUCGAAAGGAAAAAUAGUCGAUAAAAGGAAUUGCUUUCCUGAUCAUCGACAUGGAGCUCACUGAUGACAAUUUGGUAACGCUGAGCGAAUAUCUGAAGCAUACCCUCAAUCCGGACGUGAAUGUCAGACGGCCAGCCGAAAAGUUUUUAGAAUCGGUGGAAGUUAAUCAGAAUUAUCCCUUACUGCUACUUCACCUGGUGGACAAGUCUGAGGUUAACAUCACGAUUAGGAUUGCCGGCGCAGUUGCGUUUAAGAAUUAUGUUAAGCGGAAUUGGAAAGUGGAAGAAGAUUCGGUGGAUCGUAUACAUAUCCAAGAUAGAGAUGCCAUCAAGAAGUUAAUCGUCAAUCUGAUGUUACAUUCGCCAGAUUCAAUACAGAAACAAUUGUCGGAUGCGGUAUCUAUCAUUGGAAAGUACGACUUUCCAAACAAGUGGCCAGAGUUGAUCGAUCAGAUGGUGGAGAAAUUUAACACCGGAGAUUUUCACGUGAUCAAUGGGGUUUUACACACGGCGCAUUCCCUAUUUAAGAGAUAUAGAUAUGAAUUUAAAAGCGAGAGCCUAUGGACAGAAAUAAAAUUUGUAUUAGAUAAGUUUGCAAAGCCUCUAACAGAUCUGUUUUUAGCUACAAUGAAUUUGACGCAAGUACAUGCUAAUAAUACAGAAGCCUUAAAGGUUAUAUAUAAUUCCUUAGUUAUCUUGUGUAAAGUUUUCUACUCUCUUAACUUUCAAGAUCUGCCAGAAUUUUUUGAAGACAAUAUGGAGUCGUGGAUGACAAAUUUUCAUACUUUGUUGCACGUUGAUGUUCCUUCCUUGCAACCUACGGAUGAGGAAGAAGCAGGUGUAAUAGAGCAAUUAAAGUCACAAGUGUGCGACAAUGUUGGCCUAUACGCCCAGAAGUAUGACGAGGAAUUCCAGCCUUACUUACCCCUGUUUGUUACGGCGGUUUGGAAUUUACUCACGUCUACAGGACAACAUCCUAAAUACGAUGCUCUAGUAUCGAAUGCAUUGCAAUUUCUGGCCACAGUAGCCGAUCGGUCGCAAUAUAGAUAUUUAUUCGAAGAUCCGGCAACUCUUGGUAAUAUCUGUGAAAAAGUCAUUAUUCCCAACAUGGAAUUUAGAGAAUCGGACAAUGAAUUGUUUGUGGAUAAUCCUGAAGAAUAUAUUAGACGAGAUAUCGAAGGUAGCGAUGUGGACACUAGAAGACGUGCUGCAUGUGAUUUAGUUAAAGUACUGUCCAAGUACUUUGAAGCAGAGAUUAUGGAAAUUUUUGGAGCAUAUAUACAGAUGAUGUUGCAAAAAUAUAUCGAAGAGCCGUCGAAACAUUGGCGCAGUAAAGACGCCGCUAUUUAUCUCGUUACUAGUAGUGCGAUUAAAGGACAGACGCAGAGACACGGAGUUACUCAAAGUAGCGAGCUUGUCUCUAUACCCCAAUUUGCUGCUCAACAUAUUGAAUCUGAGCUGGCAAAACCAGAUGUAAACGAGUUUCCAGUACUUAAAGCGGACGGAAUAAAAUUUGUUAUGACAUUUAGAUCAAUAUUACCUCGUGAGAUGGUAAUAGGAAGUUUGCCGCAAUUAAUAAGACAUCUAAGUGCCAGCAGUAUCGUCGUGCACAGUUACGCUGCUUGUGCGAUUGAAAAGAUAUUCGCAAUGAGGGGCCCCGAUAAUUUGCCCAUAGUUAAAGGAGUCGAUAUAUCUCCGUUAGCAGCGGAUUUAUUAAAAGGACUUUUUGCGUGUAUGAACAUUUCGGGUUCCGAAGAAAAUGAAUACGUUAUGAAGGCUAUUAUGAGGAGUUUCGGCAUUUUGCAAGAAGCCGUAGUGCCAUUCUUAGCCGAUCUACUUCCGAAACUUACUGAGAAACUCGCCAUUGUAUCUCGCAAUCCAAGUCGGCCAAACUUUAAUCAUUAUCUCUUUGAAACAUUAAGUUUAUCCAUCAAAAUUGUCUGCAAGACAAAUCCUGAGGCAACAUCAUCUUUUGAACAAGCGUUAUUUCCUAUUUUUCAAGGAAUUUUGCAACAAGACAUACCAGAAUUUAUUCCUUACAUUUUCCAAAUUCUUGCAUUGCUUUUGGAGCUACGACCAACUCAAGAUAUUCCGGAACCAUAUAUGGCUCUGUUCCCGUGCCUAUUGUCCCCAGUACUAUUUGAACGGCAGGCUAACAUCCAUCCUUUAAUUCGUUUGUUACAAGCAUUUAUUAGUCACGGCUCGCGUCAAAUUGUCGCGCAGGAUAAGACGAGUGCGCUAUUGGGAGUCUUCCAGAAACUAAUUGCGUCGAAGGCGAAUGAUCACGAAGGAUUUUUGUUGAUACAAAGCAUCAUUGAACAUUUUGAACCGAGCAUUUUGGAGCCGUAUAUAAAACAAAUUUUCGUGCUUUUCUUUCAAAGGUUGUCGGCGUCCAAGACAACGAAAUUUGUGAAAGGUCUAAUAGUAUUUUUUGCAUAUUACAUUAUUAGAUACACGUCAUCGAGCUUGAUUGCAAUUGUCGAUCAAAUACAGCCGCAAAUGUUUGGAAUGGUGGUGGAGCGUGUGUUUAUAACCGAUUUGCAAAAAGUAGCGGGUGAAGUGGAGCGAAAAGUGGUAGCUGUCGGAAUUUCAAACUUGCUGAUCGAUUGCCCUGCAAUGCUCGAAGCUCCAUACAAUUCGUACUAUCCUCGCUUAUUGGCUACGUUAGUUGAAUUCUUUGAACUACCGCAAGAUCAAAGCUCGCUGCCGGAGGACGAUAUGUUUCCGGAACUUGAUGAUGCGGUUGGCUAUCAAGUUGGUUACAGUCAACUUGUCUGUGCGAGAAAUCUUCGGAGAGACCCGUUGCAAAAUAUUGGCGAUAUACGUUUGCAUUUAGCGCAAGGUCUUGGAAGAUUAUCGCCAGGACACUUGCCAGGAUUAUUGGGUCAGAUUCCUGAAGCGAAUGCAAAUCACUUGAGAAAUUAUCUCCAUACAGCAGGUAUUACUGUUGCAUAAUACGAGCUAGAUGUUCGAAACAGGCUGAAGAUCCAUUUGAUAGCUCGAAAAAUGAACAAUAUUGAACUUAACAAAUUGUAAUUAAAGGAGAAUCCUUUUUAUACGGUAAUUGUACAAUUCAUGAAAUACAUUAUCGUAUUCUGUUUGUAAUUGGUAA